AUGAAUGCAGUAUGGAUGCAUGCCAAUUGUCCUCAAUCAUGCAUGCUCUGCAAUGGUACUCAUUUUAAUUCGAAUACAUCAACACGUCAUACAAUAUCAAUUAUUGAUGUGCGCAAAAAGAAUGCUCGAUUUGGAUGCGUUUCACAAUUGGAUCAAAAUAAUUGCAAACAAAAUUUAUGUUAUCAUCUUCGAUUUCGAACUUUUGAUGGUACAUGCAAUAAUUUACAAUCACCACAAAAUGGAGCCGCUUUUUCACCACGAAUAAAAUCAAGUAAAUACAUAUUCAAAAGACCAGCAGAUUCUCUUUGUAUUGCAGCAUCAAUUCGAAAAACGCGGCCGGUAGCACGAGAAGCUUCACGUUUAAUGCUCACGUCAAAUAUGCAAGUAACAAGUGAUUCAAAUGCUUUAUUGAUGCAAUGGGGCCAGUUUUUAAGUCAUGACAUGGCCAAGACAACAACUCUGAGCAAUCGGGAAUGCGCAUCAUGUCAACCUAAUUCUAAAUGCACCAAUAUUUUCUUAUCAAGACAUGAUCCUACGUAA